AUGAGAGUCCGAUCUCAUUGCCCACAAAGAGUUCCUUUCAUUUCUCAUCAUCUGUCGCGACACUUCAGAACAACAGGACUCAGCGACCUCAAAAACAUCUGGAAACUCACUCAGCAAGACCACAGCAAUUACUGGACCGGCUAUCUCUCCACGCGGCCCAAAUACACAGAUUCCUUCUACGACCUCAUUUACAACCACCACGCAACGCACUCGCGAAACAGAGGCUCUUUCAAGAGUCUGUCAGUAGCUCACGAUGUUGGUGCUGGACCAGGCCAUGUUGCUGCAAAGCUGGCUGCAAGGUUCUCGCAUGUCGUUGUGAGCGACAACAACGCCAGUCACCUCGAGUAUGCGAAGCGGUUCCUUUCGCGAAGCGGUAUUCCCCAGUCGAGCUUCUCCUAUGUGUCCUCCAGAGCAGAAGACCUCUUGUUAAAAGACCCGGGCAAAGCAGGUUCUGCCGACCUGGUCGCCUGCGCUCUGACCUUUCCCCUCCUCGACACCCUCCCGGCCCUCCAGAGCUUCCACACCCUCCUUAAAACCGGCGGAACGCUCGCAAUCUGGUUCUACGGCCGCGCACACUUUGCAGAGCCAGAGUACGCUCUCACCUGUCAGCCACUCCUCGACGAGAUUAUCGACCAUCACUACGCAGGUGUGAUCCAAGGCCAUGGCCACGAGCAUCUGGCGCAGUGGAAGUGUGUUGCGGAGCGCAUCGCUUGCGGGCUGGAUUAUAUCCCAUUCUCGGAGACAGAAUGGGCAAAUGUGACGCGGUAUAAAUGGAAUACUUCCUGGGCUGGAUUGGCAUUCUUUACCGAAAGAGCCUGUGGGUGCCCGCUAGAUGCGCCGCCGAGCGAGAUUAAGCAAGGGGAAAUCGUGAUUGAGCAGGAGGACAGAAAGAUGUGGGAGAUGAGCUGGAACAUCAGUCAGCUCAGAGAGUUUGUGAAGUAUAUCUUCCCCUUCGAAAGGAUGGACGACGAGCCGGUGAGGCCGUUGUGGGCGAGGUUGGAGAGAGAGGUUGGAUCUGGCCAGCAAAGGCUGUUUUCAUGGCCGGCAGUCUUGAUUCUGGCGACGAAGAAGUAGGUAAUGGCCGAGAGGAAGUCCUAUGUUCAGGAGUACUCAGGCCUAUUGAUUAUAUCGUAGGCAGCAAAAAUCUACCCUACACAUAUUCUCUGGCAAUAUCAAAGAACGAACAU